GUAAUAGGCAUCCUUUAUAGCAUUAUGUUUUUAACGCUCAACAGGAAACAUGGUAAAAGUUAGUUUUCAAUGGUAUUUUCCAUGUCACUUUUUUCUGGGCCCUUCAGAUUGAUCAGAAAUCUACUGUUACAGGCAUCAGUGUCAUUCAAGGACGUGGCUGUGGAGCUGACCCAGGAGGAGUGGCAGCACAUGGGCCCUGCUCAGAGGACCCUGUACAGAGACGUAAUGCUGGAGAACUACAACCACCUCGUCUCAGUGGGGUCAUGCUUUACAAAACCAGAACUGAUCUUCAGAUUGGAACAAGGAGAAGAUCCAUGGUUAUUAAAGGAAGAAUUUCUAAACAGGAGCACCCCAGAAAACUGUCAACAUGAUGAACUCUUAGAGAAGACACCAGAAAACCAAGGCAAACAUCUGUGGCAAGUUUUAUUCACCAACAGAACACUACCUACAGAGCAAGAAAACAUUUCAGGAAAGCAAUGUAAUCCGGGUAUAAAUACUUUUGCUUCAAGAAAAAUACCCUGUGAAUGUGACACUACAGGGCCUCCUUACGAGGGUCUCAGGUCAUUGUCCUCACGCUGUAAAAAUUCAAUUGAAAAGGCUGAUGAAUUUAAUGUAUAUGAGAAGUGGCUUCUCACUAUUAAGGAUGACAGAACUAAUACUGGAGAGAAAUUUUGUAAUUAUAAAAAUGUAAAAAGCUUUAGUCAUAUGGAAGAACUUAUUCAGCCUCAUACAAUUCAGACAUUGGGACAAGCUUUUGAAUAUAAUGAACAUGGGAAAGCUUUCCUUGAGAAAGCUGCCCUUAUUACAUCUAAGAGUGCCCACAAAAAAAUGAAAUUUUAUAAGUACAAUAACUUUAGAAGAAACCUGUGUGAUAAAUCAACUCUUAAUGUUUCUCAGAGCAUUCAUACAGAGAAGAAUCAAUAUGACUUUAAUGAAUAUGAAAAUUUCAGUAGGACCACUCAACUUCAGAGAACUGACACUGCAGGGAAAACUUUCAGCCAAAAGCCAUACUUUAGAGACCACCAGAAAACUCAAACAAGGGUGAAACCCCUUGAAUAUCGAAAAAAAUUCAGAGAAUGCCAGAAAAUUCAUAUAGGAGUGAAACUCUUUGAAUAUAGAAAAGGUUUCAGCCAUAAUUCAAUCCUUCCGGUGCAUCAGAGAACUCACACAGCAGAGAAAUCCUCUGAUUAUAACACAUAUACAGAGACAUUCAGCAACCAAUCAGCUUUUGGAGUACAUCAGAGAACUCCCAUAAGGGUAAGACCCUACCAGUGUAAUGAAUGUGGGAAAUUCUGCUCUAGGAAGUCAUACCUUACUGUACAUAAGAAAACUCACACAGGUGAGAAACCCUAUGAAUGUCAUGAAUGUGGGAAAGCUUUCAGUGAGAAGUCACGCCUAAGAAAACAUCAAAGAACUCACACAGGAGAGAAACCCUAUAAGUGUGAUGGAUGUGAGAAAGCUUUCAGUACAAAGUCAGGCCUAAGAAUACAUCAGAGAACUCACACAGGGGAAAAGCCAUUUGAAUGUAAUGAAUGUGGGAAAGCUUUCAACUAUAAGUCAAUCCUUAUAGUACAUCAGAGACUUCACACAGGGGAGAAACCCUUUGAAUGUAAUGAAUGUGAGAAAUCUUUCAGCCAUAUGUCAGGCCUAAGGAAUCAUCAGAGAAUUCACACAGGAGAAAGACCGUAUAAAUGUGAUAAAUGUGGGAAAGCUUUCAAACUGAAGUCAGGCCUAAGAAAGCAUCAUAGAACUCACACAGGGGAGAAACCGUAUAAAUGUGAUCAGUGUGGGAAAGCUUUUGGUCAGAAAUCACAACUCAGAGGACAUGACAGAAUUCACACAGGGGAGAAACCCUAUACAUGUAAUCAGUGUGGAGAAUCUUUCAGCCAGAAAUCAAACCUCAGAGUACAUCAGAGGACUCACACUGGGGAGAAACCCUAUAAAUGUGAUGACUGUGGAAAAUCUUUCAGGCAGAAAUCAAAUCUCAGAGGACAUCAGAGAAUUCACACAGGGGAGAAACCCUAUAAAUGUAAUGAAUGUGGAAAAGCUUUCAGUGAGAAGUCGGUCCUAAGAAAACAUCAGAGAACUCACACGGGAGAGAAACCCUAUAAUUGUAACCAAUGUGGGGAAGCUUUCAGCCAGAAAUCAAACCUCAGAGUACAUCAGAGAACUCACACAGGGGAGAGACCCUACAAAUGUGGUGAAUGUGGGAAAACUUUCAGCCAGAAAUCAAGUCUUAGAGAACAUCAGAAAGCCCACACAGGGAGUAAAAAUAUGAAUAUAAAGAACAUUGGAAAACUUUGAGCUAGAAAUCAAGCCUCACAAUACACCAGAGAAUACACACAAGAGAGAAAUCCUAAUAUAAUGAAUGCACUUCCUCUGCAGGAUGUCAACUUUCACUAAACAUCAGAGAACUUACAAAGGAGAGAAAUUCUUGAAAUAUAUUUUAUAUGCAUAGUCUAUCAGCCGGAGUACAGUCCUUAUUGGAUAUAAGUCAGUUCACCCAAGAAAGAAUGCCUAUAACGAAUAUGGGAAAUAGUCUGUGUGAACGCAAUACUUAGAAUACUCACACUGCAGAAAAACUCUGAGAAGUGAUGUGAAAACUGCUUGACAGCCAUCAAAACUCAUUCAUCAUCAGAGAAAUCACACAGCACACCAAAAAUGUAAUGAACAUCUGGUAACCCUUAGCCAGUGGAGUCCCUGGGUGGUUCAUACAGUUAAUGUACUCAGCUGCUAACAGAAAGGUUGUAGUUUCAAGUCCACACAGAGGCAACUCAGAAGAAAGCCCUGGUGAUCUACUUCUGAAAAAUCAGCCACUGAAAACCCUAUGGAGCACAGUUGUAGUCUGACACACAUGGGGUCACCAUAAGUCAAAAUCGACAUGAUGGCAACUGUUUACUGGUUAUUCUUUAGCCAAAAGCCAACUUUCUCAGUACAACAAGAAAUACAUAGUGGCCAAAAAUGAAGACCACUUAAAGUACUUACUGAUGAAGGUAAGACGACAGCCUUCAGUAUGAAUUACACCUGAACAUGAAGAAAAUUAAAAUCCUAGUAACUGGGCCCAUAAGCAACAUCAUGAUAAACAGUGAAAAAAUUGAAGUUGUCAAAGGUUUCAUUCUACUUGGAUUAAAAAUCAUUACCUAUGAAAGCAACCAAAAUCCAAAAAGCCGUUGCUGUUGAGUCAAUUCUGACUCAUAGCGACCCUAGAGGACAAAGUAGAACUGCCCCAUAGGGUUUCCUAGGCUGUAAUAUUUAC